UCGUCCAGGGCUUAAGCUUCGUCUAGGGUUUAACCGAGCCGCUCGCCGCUGCUCGUCCCUUCACCAAGAAGCAAUUGGCCAUGGCGACCCAGGCGCGCGAGCUCCCUCCCAAGCAAGAGCUUCCCCUGGACGACGGAGACGACUACGAGGACGACGAGGAUGAGGAGGAGGAGGGGGAGGAUGGGUGGGACGAUUGGGAGUCGGACGGCGACGACGCGGCGGGCGCCGGCGGCGGCCUCCUCUGCUUGUUCUGCAGCGCGCGGUUCGACUCCGACAGCCCCCUCUUCGCGCACUGCGGCUCCGAGCACGGCUUCGAUUUCCACAAGGUCGUGAGGGAGCUCGGGCUGGAUUUCUACGGAUGCAUCAAGCUCAUCAAUUUUGUGCGCUCCAAGGUUGCAGAGAAUAAGGGUUGGAGCUGCGCAGAGAUUUCCCAACUUGACGGGAAGGUUCCAUGGGCGGAGGACUCGUACUUGAAACCAUUCAUGGAAGAUGACUCGCUGUUGCACAGUUUGUCCAUCUUUGAUGAUGAAGAUGACGAGGACUGUGAGAUGCCAGUGGAAACAGGAGAGUGUUCAGCGGGCAAUGGGAGGUCAUGUGAACUACAGGGGAAUGGUCUAAACACCAUCGACGAUUGCUCUGACAUCAGUGCUAGGUUUGAGAAAGCAGUUACUACUGAAAGUAAUGGAGGAGAUAACAAUGGGACUCUUUCAGAGGAACAGACUGAUAGGCAGCUAAAGAUUACACGUGCUAGUGUUACUGCCAAGGAAAUUAAAAAAGUGGAUGACAACUACUUUGGGUCUUAUAGUUCAUUUGGCAUUCAUAGAGAGAUGCUGGGCGACAAAGUAAGAACAGACGCUUACAGAGAUGCCCUUUUGGACAAUCCUAGCCUCAUGAAUGGAGCAACUGUACUGGAUGUUGGUUGUGGUACAGGAAUUCUAAGUCUUUUUGCAGCGAAGGCCGGCGCAUCAAGAGUUAUCGCUGUUGAUGGGAGUGCAAAGAUGUCUUCUGUGGCUACCCAAGUGGCAAAAAAUAAUGGUCUAUUAUAUGACGAAAAUACGAAACCGGAACAGAAGCAUAAUUCUGAAGUGAUAACUGUUGUGCAUACCAAGGCUGAAGAGCUAAACCAUAAAAUAGUAGUUCCGCCAAAUGGCUUUGAUGUGUUAGUGAGUGAGUGGAUGGGAUAUUGCCUGUUGUAUGAAUCCAUGCUCAGUUCAGUUAUAUAUGCACGCGACCAUUUCCUAAAACCUGGCGGUGCUGUUCUCCCGGAUACUGCAACAAUUUUUGGUGCUGGUUUCGGGAGAGGUGGAACAAGCUUGCCAUUUUGGGAAAAUGUGUAUGGCUUUGAUAUGUCAUCUAUUGGGAAAGAAGUAACAGAGAGUUCAGCUCGAUUUCCUGUUGUUGAUAUACUGGCUUCUCAGGAUGUUGUGACAGAUACCGCUGUACUCCAUUCCUUUGAUCUGGCAACUAUGAAGGAAAGCGAAAUGGAUUUCACCGCAAGCUUGGAGCUAAGGCUUCCUGAAAGUUGUGCGGCUGUGCCAGGAGUAACCUGGUGCCAUGGCAUUGUCUUGUGGUUCGACACCGGCUUCACCAGCAGGUUCUGCAAGGACAAGCCCGUGGUCCUCUCCACCUCUCCUUUCUCCACACCAACUCACUGGUCGCAGACAAUCUUCACCUUCGAAGAGCCCAUCGCGAUGGUAAAGGAUGGAUCAGUCAUUGGCUCAUCAGCAUCUGUUGGCACGGGUGAAUGCCCAGCUGUGACGAUCAGAUCCCGCAUCAGCAUCGUGAGGGCCUCUGAGCACCGCAGCAUAGACAUAUCAAUCGAAACCACGGGAAUCAGCUCAGAUGGCCGGAAGCGCAGCUGGCCAGCUCAGAUCUUCAACCUUUGAGCGAAGUGCUGCCCUUGUGAUGAAAUUUUGCCCGUGCCCUUUUCCACCGUCAGGAGCUGUUUGAUUGCCAACAGCGGAUCUUCGUAUCUUUUGGUGGAGUUGAUAACUUUUUAUGCUGAAACAGAGCACUUGGUCCAACUGAAGUUCUGGUGAAGUUACUGGCCAGUGUGAGUUAGUGCCCUGUGAGAUGUGUGUACCUGUGAAAUGAACACGGGCGAACUUGAAUAUCGAUCCACCCAUGUAAGAUGUUCGCAUGAUAUGAGCGGAUAUGUUUCAUCUUCUCAGUUCCAGUACAUUAUCAUCGUUGUUCCUUCCUUAGCUGCAUAGUGAACUGCAAAACGUAGAGUUUAACAGCGCUAUUCGCAACUUCUUUUGUGAUGAGCUUUUAAAAUGAUUUUUUCUUUUGGAA